CUCCGAACGAAGCCCGCACCUUGUGUCCCCACAACGCCGCCUACGCCAGCUGCGCCCGCGCCUGGAGAUGGAAAACACCUAUUAGAAAUAAUAGUUCUCCAACCUCUACGCCGGCCUCACCGACAUGGCGACGAAGUCGAAUUUCAAGCGGGCUCCGGCCCCACCGCAGCACGCCGUCCUCGCCUCGUUGCAUACUACACAGCUUGUAGAAGAUUCGAAAGCUGUGCUGCCAGCAGAGCUCAUCAAUACCAUCCUCGACUACUUACCUAUCCCCGACAUGUUUCGCUUCGCGCGAACGUCGAAGCGUAUGCAAGAGAUGGUCUAUGAUGACACGCGCUGGAUACAGAGGCUCAAGAGCAUGGGCUGCUGGAACGAUGUGGAAGCUCGCCAGAGAUUCGAGGAGUCAAUGCGGAGGAAACUGGAGGCCCAGCGAGCAGAAGACGCUCGGAGAGCUGGCGUGGCCUUGAACGGCAGCGCGAAUGGUAUUCCGAGGCCUGAGGACGAACAGCGGAAGACCAGUGUCACACUCUUUGACGCCGGUCUAGAAGAAGAAAUGCAGAGGAAGCCUGUGGACAGACAAGCCAGACCUCGAGCAACCACGCUGGACAAAGGGUUCGACGACAUGACCCUAUCGCCUCCUAGGACAAUGACGACGCGCAUACAACGGACGGAAGCAUACGCUGUCAGCCCGUCCGAGUCGCCGCUGGCGAUACUAUCGCAUGUUCGGUCUAUAAGAGGCAUGGCACGGCAAGAGUAUGGCAAGGUCUAUCGAGCAUUAGCGCCACUCUACUUCGACCUUGGGAGAGCAGAAAGCCACACGGACCCCAUCGUGUUCCGAAUCUGGCGUGACCCGGAGCACCAAGCGCAAAUACUGGCCCAAUUGAAGAUCUUUGCGAAGAGUGAUUACGCACAAGGGUGGAACCAACGCGAGGAAAAGUUGGAUACAAUGAUGAGCAUCUUUGAAAACGCCCUACUCCGAGAGUUCGAACAUGGCUACCUGACGAAAGACUUCGAUGGCCGUAUGAAAAGAUAUGCUCAGAUUUUGGUAGCCUUGAAUGGAGGCGCGGCGUGCAUCGACUCCUUCAUACACAACCACCCAUUGAUGCUCGAGAAGGACGAGUUGGGGAACCCUGCGGAUUGCCUACGCCAUGGCCAUCUUACGCUACAGCCGUCGCACGACUUCUUCCAUGGUCUGGCCAUCGCAUUGAACGAUGAAGCUGCCAUCAUUGAUCGCGUCUUUCCACCUACCGUUGAUGUAUUGCAACCAUUCCUGGAACGUGUUGCCGAAGACGUCAUCUCGGAGUACAUUACGUCCUUAUUUGACGAAGCGCACGACAUCAGUAUCGAACUGUAUCUGAAAUCCGUGGCUGGUGUUUUCGAGCAAGCUUUGCAGCUUGCGAUUUCUCUUAAACCUACGAAAGCCUCAAGACCUGAUUUCCGGGAGGAGGCGAUGCGCAUCAUCUCGCAUUGCUUCGAACAACAUGUGGAUCUUUAUCUGCAGGAGGAGCUCGACUUCUUCAAAAAUAAAUCAGCUGCAGAAGUGGAAGCAUGGGAGAAGCGCUUGACAGCAGAGGAGCAAACCACGGAAACGUUCUUCAUGUCAAACGUUAGCCGACAAGCAGCCAAGCGAGACUUUCUGAGUUCGUUCAAAAAGGUAGUAAUGGCACCUGUGAAUGUUCUCCCCACCUUUGGAGGGUCUGGUUCGACCAGACCUACAGCACCCGGUGUGAACGGUGCUGCCCUGGACGUGACCUCACGCUCGGCUACGCCUGUUCCUGGCGAACGUUCGGCGUCUCCUCGACCGGAGCCACCAACCACAGAGCUUGCUGCGAAAGCGGCCAUCAUGAACUCCCGUCUGGAGGGCAUACGGACGCUAUUCAGCAUCGAAGUAGCUUUGAACUUGACUCACACUGCCAGAGCAAGUCUCGAGCGAGCCGCACGUUUCGUGAGGCUUGGUGGUCAGUCCGGCGAGGAGGCAAAGGAGCAAUGCGAAAACAUGUUCAUCAGCCUGCUACAGAUACUUGGAGGACGGCACAUGAAACCGGGCUUCGACAAGGCGGUCGCUCAUCUGUCAGCAUACAGGCCGAGGGAGGUGGCUGAUCACAGCAAAGAAGGCGUGGCGCCGCUUGUGGCUUUCCUCGAGCUGGUCAAUGUGGGAGACCUGAUCCAGCAGAUGAUCGACGUCUUCUAUAUUCAAGAACUGGUCUCUCCUAAGCUCACUGACCAGGACGACUUCCUCAGUGCAGCCUGCAAGGAGAAAAAGCGGUUUGAGCAGAUGCUGGAUGAAAGGGUGGCUGCAGGUCUCAACAAGGGCAUUGACGUACUCAUGGACGAGGUGGAAUUCAUUUUCGGAAGCACCCAGCUGCCUACAGACUUCAAUCCUCCGGUAGGCCCCGAUGGGACGGUACAAAUGCUUGACAUUGGGCCUAGCCAAACGGCCAGGCGGGUGGUUGACAUAGUGUCGUCGCACACGAGCAUGCUGGUUGGUAGCACGGACAAGAACGUGCUCGACGUCUUCAACCAGGAAGUGGGAUUGCGCCUGUUCACAGCGCUUUGCAAGCAUCUGAAGCGACAACGGGUCAGCGUGGACGGGGCAAUCAAGCUUAUCAGCGACAUGAACGCCUACAACAGCUACAUUGUCUCGCUGCGCAACAAAUCGCUGACUCAGUAUUUCGCUGCAUUGCGCGAGCUGUCUCAGAUCUAUCUGAUCGAUCCGAACCAUGCUAAGGAGAUCGCAACUAUAAUUGCUGACUCAGGUCGAUAUCAUGGCAUCUUUAGGGCUGAGGAGGUCUACGAGUAUGCGGAGCGCAGGGCUGAUUGGUACCAGAUCAAGGGCGCGGUGGAGAAGCAGAUGUACGGUGCCGGGUGCUUAGUGAUGUAGAUGCAGAGCAGGCAGAGGCAGUGUACGAAUAUGCGAUCGCAGGGCUGAUUGGUACCAGAUCAUGGAGAAGCAGAUGUACGGUGCCGGAUGCUCAGUGAUGUAGAUACAAACCCGCAUUGGCGAGCAAAGCGCAGUAUCGAUGUCUUCG